CCCGGCUGACCGGACCGGAAGGGGCUCGGGUCGUCCCGGCGCUUUGGGUCACCUUCUCUCGGGCUGGUACCUGGGCGCAGGCGCUGUCCCAGGCACUAACUGGUGGGACCUGGCGCCCUACCCAGGGUGGGGGCCUGGCGCCACGGCCCAGCGACAGGGCUGAGGCUGCCGCGAGCUCCCAGGCCGGUCCCGGGGGCGGUUCCUUGCGGGCUGGCCCCCGGGGCUCCUCCCCUUUCCGCGGGCUCAGUCGCCCUUUGGCUGGGCAAACUAAUCACCGCGGCCCAAUGACGACGAGACCCGAUCCUUCCCUCCCAGGACCCAGAGAGACGACCCAGGGGGAGCCCGAGGCAGCUUUAUUGCAGUUGCCGCCAACGCCGCUGCAGCAACAGCUCCCAGGCUCCACGGAGACACAAACUCACCUCGGCUUUCCCCAGCGCCCGGCCCUCCGAGACGACACCUAACAACCAUCGCCGCCCGCAUCUGGACUUGCCUAGAGUGAUACUUUGUACCCGAAGACUUGGGGCCCGGGACCAUCGAGGUCGCGGGGACCCAGGAUCCUUGAGAACAUGGGAACCGGAGUCCCAGCCUCGGAGCAGACUAGCUGUGUCAAAGGGGACCCACAGGUUUAUUGCUCUGGUAAUGCUGGAGGCACUGAGUCUGGGCAGGUUACAGACUGCGAGAGCCCUGAAAACAAUCGACCCCCAAGUGAGCCGGGCUGCAGCAAUCCGAAGGACUCUGGGCAACUGAUGGCUUCUUAUGAAGGCAAAGCUAAGGGCUACCAGGUGCCUCCCUUCGGCUGGCGCAUCUGCCUGGCUCAUGAGUUUGCAGAGAAGAGGAAACCCUUUAAUGCCAACAACAUCUCCCUAAGCAACCUGAUAAAGCAUCUGGGCAUGGGCUUGCGGUACUUGCAGUGGUGGUACCGGAAGACCCAGGUGGAGAAGAAGACACCUUUCAUUGACCUCAUCAACUGUGUACCCUUGAGACAAAUCUAUGGUUGUCCUUUGGGUGGCAUCGGGGGAGGCACUAUCACCCGAGGUUGGAGAGGCCAGUUUUGUCGUUGGCAGCUUAAUCCUGGAAUGUACCAGCACCAGACCGUCAUCGCUGACCAAUUCACAGUGUGCCUGCGUCGGGAAGGGAAGACUGUGUACCAGCAAGUCCUGUCCGUGGAGCGCCCAAGUGUCCUACGCAGCUGGAACUGGGGCCUGUGCGGGUACUUUGCAUUCUACCACGCCCUCUAUCCCCGAGCCUGGACUGUCUAUCAGCUUCCUGGCCAGAAUGUCACCCUCACCUGUCGCCAGAUCACACCCAUCUUGCCUCAUGACUACCAGGACAGCAGCCUGCCUGUAGGAGUCUUUGUGUGGGAUGUGGAAAAUGAAGGGGACGAAGCCUUGGAUGUGUCCAUCAUGUUCUCCAUGCGGAAUGGACUGGGUGGUGGAGACGACGCCCCAGGGGGAUUAUGGAAUGAGCCCUUCUGUCUGGAGCGUGACGGGGAAACUGUACAGGGGCUGCUGCUGCAUCAUCCAACCCUUCCAAAUCCCUACACCAUGGCUGUGGCUGCGCGACUCUCGGUGGAUACCACGGUAACCCACGUCACAGCCUUUGACCCUGACAGCACUGGGCAGCAGGUGUGGCAAGAUCUACUUCAAGACGGACAGCUGGACUCCCCUGCUGGCCGAAGCACCCCCUCGCAGAAAGGAGUGGGUAUCGCCGGGGCUGUGUGUGUUACUGGCAAGCUGCCACCUCGAGGCCAGUGCCGCCUGGAGUUCUCCCUGGCUUGGGAUAUGCCCAGAAUCAUGUUUGGAGCUAAGGGCCAGGUCUAUUACAGGCGGUACACAAGGUUCUUCGGCCGCGAUGGUAAUGCAGCUCCUGCGCUUAGCCACUACGCGUUGUGCCGAUACACAGAGUGGGAAGAGAAGAUCUCAGCUUGGCAGAGCCCCAUAUUAGAUGACAGAUCCUUCCCUGCCUGGUAUAAAUCGGCGCUGUUCAAUGAACUGUACUUCCUGGCUGAUGGAGGCACAGUAUGGCUGGAGGUUCCAGAAGACUCCCUACCAGAGGACCUGGCGGGGAGCAUGUGUCAGCUCCGCCCCAUCCUCCGGGAGUAUGGUCGAUUUGGCUACCUUGAAGGCCAGGAAUAUCGCAUGUACAACACAUAUGAUGUCCACUUUUAUGCUUCCUUCGCCCUCGUCAUGCUCUGGCCCAAACUCGAGCUCAGCCUGCAGUAUGACAUGGCUCUGGCCACACUCAGGGAGGACCCGACACGGCGACAAUACCUGAUGAGUGGGGUAAUGGCACCUGUGAAAAGGAGGAACGUCAUCCCCCAUGAUAUUGGGGACCCAGAUGACGAGCCAUGGCUCCGGAUCAAUGCAUAUGUGGUCCACGAUACUGCAGACUGGAAGGACCUAAACCUCAAGUUUGUGCUGCAGGUUUAUCGAGACUAUUACCUGACGGGUGACCAGGUCUUCCUGAGAGACAUGUGGCCUGUGUGUCUGGCCGUGAUGGAGUCUGAAAUGAAGUUUGACAAGGACCAAGAUGGACUCAUUGAGAAUGGAGGCUAUGCAGACCAGACCUAUGAUGGAUGGGUCACCACGGGCCCCAGUGCUUACUGUGGAGGACUGUGGCUGGCAGCUGUGGCUGUGAUGGUUCAGAUGGCUGUUCUGUGUGGGGCACAGGAUGUCCAGGAUAAGUUUUCUUCCAUCCUUAGACGAGGCCAAGAAGCCUAUGAGAGACUGCUCUGGAAUGGCCGCUAUUACAACUAUGACUGCAGCCCUCCGCCUCAGUCCUGUAGCAUCAUGUCUGACCAGUGUGCCGGCCAGUGGUUCCUGAGGGCCAGUGGUCUAGGAGAAGGAGACACUGAGGUAUUUCCUACCCCUCAUGUGGUCUGUGCUCUCCAAACUAUCUUCGAGUUCAAUGUCCGGGCCUUUGCGGGUGGAGCCAUGGGGGCUGUGAAUGGGAUGCAGCCCCAUGGUGUCCCUGACAGAUCCAGUGUCCAGUCUGAUGAAGUCUGGGUGGGCGUGGUCUAUGGGCUGGCAGCCACCAUGAUCCAGGAGGGCCUGACUUGGGAAGGCUUCCAGACAGCAGAAGGCUGCUACCGGACUGUGUGGGAGCGCCUGGGCCUGGCCUUCCAGACCCCUGAAGCAUACUGCCAGCAGCGGGUAUUCCGUUCGCUGGCCUACAUGCGGCCACUGAGCAUCUGGGCCAUGCAGCUGGCCCUGCAGCAGCAGCAGCAUAAAAAGGCCUCCAAGCCAAUAGCCGAACAGGGCACAGGACUAAGCACAGGGCCUACACUUGGACCAAAUGAAGCCAUGGCAAACCCAAAGUGAGCCCUCUGAACUAUGGGAGGAAGACUCUAACAGCCCAGCCUCCAGCCUGGCCUUUCCUCUUCACUCCUCACCCCACCAAGCUCCUGCAACCCUGAGCCACCAAGACAAUCAUGCCCCUUCCCUUCUCCCCACCCAGUUGUGCCAGUAAAGAGGGGUUGAGGGUAACCCAAGCAUCAGAAUCACUUAUUUAUUUUUUCCCACACCCAGUCCCUCACUGCAUGAAAUGAUCAAGGUCAGCUGACUCCCCCAGAUCUAUUCAUGGGGUGGCAGACAAAAAUGGGUACAAAUAAAAGACCCAGAAAGCCAGUUAAGUGUGCUGUGUUUGAACUCCCAGGCUUCCUGACAGGACGCAGGGGCUCAGGCUAGCCCUUUCCCAUUCCUUUCGUUUGGACACAGACUAGGAACCCCAGGCUCUGGCCUGGGCCCCCUAAUAUCCUCACAUCUAGCCUGAAUAUCUGCCCUGUAAGAUAACAGAUGAGGGGCUGUGGGCAGGGAGCCAUCCCCCUUCUCUUGUGAAGUUUGCAUGCAGGGGACGGACCUGACCUGAGCAGGGGGACUUUGAGGAGGGGACAGGAAGCGGCAAUGUCAAGGGAGGCUCAGCACCAGGAGCCUGAGGCAUAUGGUGGAGCAGGCAGCAAGAGUUGCCGAGAGCCUGGAGCUCCUGGUCUGAGCUGUCCUUUGGUACCUCUGAUUGCAGGGCAGGCAGCUCCAGCUGGUGAGGGUCCUCACUGGAGAGGGCGCGAAGCUGGCGGGACAACACUAAAGAAACAAAGACUCCUCAAGGGCGGGCCAGGCCUUCCCCGAGCCCUUCUUUAAGGGCACCCUUAAGCCUCUCACCUCCAUGCUCAGCUGGCAGGCUCCCCCUUGUGUCAGAGGAGUACAUAGCAGGUAGGACGAGGAGACAGAAGGAAAACAGGAGGACCUGGAGAACAGGAAAAAGCAAAGGAAGAAAGGCUCUAGGUUGCGCCCCUAUGCCUGCUGCCAGAGAAGAGGAUCUCGCGUUCCAGCACCAUCCUUACCAAGACACAGGUGCUGCCGCUGCUGGUUUUGUUGGAUAUCUGGAUCACCAUGGCCUGGAGUCUCCUCAGCUGGUCCAGAAGGGACCUGGAAGAAGAGGGGGAGAGGACAGUGAGGAGCCCCAGGCCACACCCUGAAAUACAGUGAAACCCUCCUAUUAAGGCCACUCCUCCAUCUGUGCACCAAAUUGUCCCUUUUGUUUUUUGUCCCAUUUUGCAAAUGACCUCUUUCUCUCUGUGGACAAAAUGCCUGAUCUUCCUCAUUAAAUACCUUUCUGGGUUA